GAUAACAGGCUCUCCAUUUGGUCUGUUGGAGAUCUUGGAAAUGCGGGCCUCAGUGGUGAAUAUCAAGGAGAACCUCAGCUGCUGUGUGACAUCAGGCACAAUGGGGACGUUAUGGACAUGCAGUUUUUGGAUCAAGAGAGAAUCGUGGUUGCCUCAUCAACAGGAACUGUAACUGUAUUCCGUCAUCAUCAAAAUAACCAGACUUUAUCUGCCAACCAGCGGUGGGAGAAAGCCCAUUAUCAUGUGGAUCAAGACACGUCUUGUGGUGGAGCAGCGUGUACCGGAGUCAUCUGCAACAAGCCAGAAAUUGUCACUGUUGGAGAAGAUGGUAGAAUAAAUCUCUUCAGAGCUGACCAAAAGGAUGCAGUAAGAACUAUAGAUAAUGCAGACAGCAGUACGCUCCAUGCAGUGACUUUCCUUCGCACAACUGAGAUCUUGACAGUAAAUUCAAUUGGACAGUUAAAAAUAUGGGACCUCAGACAGCAAAGAAAUGAGCCAUCUCAAAUAUUUUCUUUGACAGGUGACAGAGUUCCACUGCACUGUGUGGACAGGCAUCCCAACCAGCAGCAUAUUGUGGCCACAGGGGGCCAGGAUGGGAUGCUGAGUAUAUGGGACAUCCGGCAGGGUACUAUGCCAGUGUCCCUGCUAAAUGCUCAUGAAGCGGAAAUGUGGGAAGUUCACUUCCAUCCAUCCAACCCCGAGCACUUAUUUACAUGUUCUGAAGAUGGAUCUCUUUGGCACUGGGAUACUUCCACAGAUGUAUCUGAAAAACCGUCUUUCCUUCAUCAAGGAGGAAGAAGUACUACCUAUUUUUCCCACAAUACCAUUAACCAGUCUGUAGUAAGUGCCUGGCUAAGCAACGAUCCUACCAAAGACCGCAUGGAAAUCACCAACUUAAUUCCAAAUCAGACUUUGUCUGUGAAUAGUUUAGAUAUUUUGGGACCAUGCCUAGUAUAUGGUACUGAUGCAGAGGCUAUUUAUGUGAACAGACAACUUUUUGCAUGAAACGACUCCAGUAUCCCUUUGAAGUACUGAACACCUUGAACUACUGGGAAAUGCCAGGUUCAUUCUUAAUGAUACUCAUUAGUCUGUUAUCAGCAUGUGGGAGAUGCCUACAGCUCGGUCCUGGUGCUGCAGAAGAAAUUUAAGGUACCUCAGAUUCUGACAGCUGUCACUGUUACUGAUGUCCAAGAUGGGUAAC